AUGGGGCUGCCACUAGCCCCUCUGGCGGCUGUCUGCCUGGCCCUGUCUGUGGCAGGGGGCUCGGAGCUCCAGACAGAGGGCAGAACCCGAAACCAUGGCCACAACGUCUGCAGCACCUGGGGCAACUUCCACUACAAGACCUUCGACGGGGACAUUUUCCGCUUCCCCGGCCUCUGCGACUACAACUUCGCCUCCGACUGCCGAGGCUCCUACAAGGAGUUUGCCGUGCACUUAAAGCGGGGCCCGGGCCAGGCUGAGGCCCCCGCUGGGGUCGAGUCCAUCCUGCUGACCAUCAAGGAUGACACCAUCUACCUCACCCGCCACCUGGCUGUGCUGAACGGGGCCAUGGUCAGCACCCCACACUACAGCCCCGGGCUGCUCAUCGAGAAGAGCGACGCCUACACCAAAGUCUACUCCCGCAUCGGCCUCACCCUCCUGUGGAACCGGGAGGACGCCCUCAUGCUGGAGCUGGACAGUAAGUUCCAGAACCACACCUGUGGCCUCUGCGGGGACUACAACGGCCUACAGAGCUAUUCAGAAUUCCUCUCUGACGGCGUGCUCUUCAGUCCCCUGGAGUUCGGGAACAUGCAGAAGAUCAACCAGCCCGAUGUGGUGUGCGAGGACCCCGGGGAGGAAGUGGCCGUCGCAUCCUGCUCCGAGCACCGUGCCGAGUGUGAGAGGUUGCUGACCGCCGAAGCCUUCGCGGACUGCCAGGACCUGGUGCCGCUGGAGCCGUAUCUGCGCGCCUGCCAGCAGGACCGCUGCCAGUGUCCGGGCGGUGACACCUGCAUCUGCAGCACUGUGGCCGAGUUCUCCCGCCAGUGCUCCCACGCCGGCGGCCGGCCCGGGAACUGGAGGACUGCCACGUUCUGCCCCAAGACCUGCCCCGGGAACCUGGUGUACCUGGAGAGUGGCUCGCCCUGCAUGGACACCUGCUCACACCUGGAGGGGAGCAGCCUGUGCGAGGAGCACCGCAUGGACGGCUGUUUCUGCCCGGAAGGCACCGUGUAUGACGACAUCAGGGGCAGCGGCUGCGUUCCCGUGAGCCAGUGCCACUGCAGGCUACAAGGACACCUGUACACACCGGGCCAGGAGAUCACCAAUGACUGCGAGCAGUGUGUCUGUAACGCUGGCCGCUGGGUGUGCAAAGACCUGCCCUGCCCUGGCACCUGCGCCCUGGAAGGCGGCUCCCAUAUCACCACCUUCGAUGGGAAGACGUACACCUUCCAUGGGGACUGCUACUACGUCCUGGCCAAGGGUGACCACAAUGAUUCCUACGCUCUCCUGGGCGAGCUGGCCCCCUGCGGCUCCACGGACAAGCAGACCUGCCUGAAGACCGUGGUGCUGCUGGCCGACAAGAAGAAGAAUGUGGUCGUCUUCAAGUCUGAUGGCAGCGUGCUGCUCAACGAGCUGCAGGUGAACCUGCCCCACGUGACCGCGAGCUUCUCCAUCUUCCGCCCGUCUUCCUACCACAUCAUCGUGAGCAUGGCCAGUGGCCUCCGGCUGCAGGUGCAGCUGGCCCCAAUCAUGCAACUCUUCCUGACGCUGGACCAGGCCUCCCAGGGGCAGGUGCAGGGCCUCUGCGGGAACUUCAACGGCCUGGAAAGUGAUGACUUCAAGACGGCCAGUGGGCUGGUGGAGGCCACAGGGGCCGGCUUCGCCAACACCUGGAAGGCACAGUCAAGCUGCCAUGACAAGCUGGACUGGCUGGACGAUCCCUGCUCCCUGAACAUCGAGAGUGCCAACUACGCCGAGCACUGGUGCUCCCUCCUGAAGAAGGCAGAGACCCCCUUUGGCAGGUGCCACUCGGUCGUGGACCCCGCUGAGUAUUACAAGAGGUGCAAAUAUGACACAUGCAACUGCCAGAACAACGAGGACUGCCUGUGCGCCGCCCUGUCCUCCUACGCGCGCGCCUGUGCUGCCAAGGGGGUCAUGCUGUGGGGCUGGCGGGACCGUGUCUGCAACAAGGAUGUGGGCUCCUGCCCCAACUCGCAGGUCUUCCUGUACAACCUGACUAGCUGCCAGCAGACCUGCCAUUCCCUCUCUGAGGCCGACAGCCACUGUCUUGAGGGCUUUGCGCCUGUGGACGGCUGCGGCUGCCCUGACCACACCUUCCUGGACGAGAAGGGCCGCUGCGUGCCCCUGGCCAAGUGCUCCUGCUACCACCGCGGCCUCUACCUGGAGGCGGGGGACGUGGUCGUCAGGCAGGAAGAACGAUGUGUGUGCCGGGACGGGAGGCUGCACUGUAGGCAGAUACAUCUGAUCAGCCAGAGCUGCACGGCCCCGAAGAUCCAUGUGGACUGCAGCAACCUGACCGCACUGGCCAUCUCGAAGCCCCGAGCCCUCAGCUGCCAGACGCUGGCCGCCGGCUAUUACCACACAGAGUGUGUCAGUGGCUGUGUGUGCCCCGAUGGGCUGAUGGACGACGGCCGGGGCGGCUGUGUGGAGGAGAAGGAAUGCCCUUGCUUCCAUAACAAGGACCUAUAUUCCCCCGGGGCCAAGAUCAAGGUGGACUGCAAUACCUGCACCUGCCAGAGGGGACGCUGGGUGUGCACCCAGGCUUUGUGCCACGGCACCUGCUCCAUUUACGGAAGUGGCCACUACAUCACCUUUGACGGGAAGUACUAUGACUUUGACGGACACUGCUCCUAUGUGGCUGUGCAGGACUACUGCGGCCAGAACUCCUCACUGGGCUCAUUCAGCAUCAUCACUGAGAACGUCCCCUGUGGCACGACGGGCGUCACCUGCUCCAAGGCCAUCAAGAUCUUCAUUGGGAGGACGGAGCUGAAGUUGGAAGACAAGCACCGUGUGGUGAUUCAGCGUGAUGAGGGUCACCAUGUGGCCUACACCACCCGGGAAGUGGGCCAGUACCUGGUGGUGGAGUCCAGCACGGGCAUCAUCGUCAUCUGGGACAAGAGGACCACCGUGUUCAUCAAGCUGGCUCCCUCCUACAAGGGCACAGUGUGUGGCCUGUGCGGGAACUUUGAUGACCGCUCCAACAAUGACUUCACCACACGGGACCACAUGGUGGUGAGCAGCGGGCUGGACUUUGGGAACAGCUGGAAGGAGGCCUCCACCUGCCCGGACGUGAGCACCAACCCCGAGCCCUGCAGCCUGAACCCGCACCGCCGCUCCUGGGCCGAGAAGCAGUGCAGCAUCCUCAAAAGCGAUGUGUUCAGCAUCUGCCAUGGCAAGGUGGACCCCAAGCCCUUCUACGAGGCCUGCGUGCACGACUCGUGCUCCUGUGACACGGGUGGGGACUGUGAGUGCUUCUGCUCUGCCGUGGCCUCCUAUGCCCAGGAGUGUACCAAAGAGGGGGCCUGCGUGUUCUGGAGGACGCCAGACCUGUGCCCCAUAUUCUGUGACUACUACAACCCUCCACAUGAGUGUGAGUGGCACUAUGAGCCGUGUGGGAACCGGAGCUUCGAGACCUGCAGGACCAUCAACGGCAUCCACUCCAACAUCUCCGUGUCCUACCUGGAGGGCUGCUAUCCCCGGUGCCCCAAGGACAGGCCCAUCUAUGACGAGGACCUGAAGAAGUGUGUCACUGCAGACAAGUGUGGCUGCUACAUCGAGGACACCCACUACCCACCUGGAGCAUUGGUUCCCACCGAGGAGAUCUGCAAGUCUUGUGUGUGCACCAACUCCUCCCAAGUCAUCUGCAGGCCAGAGGAAGGAAAGAUUCUCAACCAGACCCAGGAUGGCGCCUUCUGCUACCAGGAGCUCUGUGGCCCCAAUGGGACGGUGGAACAGCACUUCUACAUCUGUCCCACUGUGCCACUCUCGUCCACCCUGACUACCUCCACCACCGUCCCCCUCUCCACCACCCCCACCACCUUCACCACCACCACCACCACCACCACCACGCUGACCUCCAGCACAGUUUUAUCAACAACGCCGUAGACGUGCUGCUUCUGGUCUGACUGGAUCAACGAGGACCACCCCAGCAGUGGCAGCGACGGCGGCGACCGAGAGACAUUUGAUGGGGUCUGCAGGGCCCCUGAGGACAUCGAGUGCAGGUCGGUCAAGGAUCCUCACCUCAGCUUGGAGGAGGUAGGCCAGAAGGUGCAGUGUGACGUCUCUGUUGGGUUCAUUUGCAAGAAUGAAGACCAGUUUGAAAAUGGACCAUUUGGACUGUGUUACGACUACAUGAUACGUGUCCAUUGUUGCCUGCCCACGGCUUGUACCACCACCGCUCCACCAACCACCACUCCCAGCCCCCCAACAACCACCACAACCACCCCUCCACCAACCACACUCAGCCCCCAACAACCACCCAACAAACAAAACCACUUCAGCCCCCCCAACCACCCAAACUCCCGCCUACACACCAACCACAACCACCCACCACCAACUUAUCCCACCACCACUCACCCUCCAACACACCACGGCCACCCCUCCACAACCACCCCUCUAGCCCCCAACACCACCACAACCACCCCUCCACCCACCCCUCUACCCCCCACAACCACCACCCACCCUCCCCAACAACCACUCCCACCUCCAACAACCACCACAACCACCCCUCCCAGCCCUACAACAACCACCACGGCCACCCCUCCACCAACCACCACUCCCAGCCCUCCAACAACCACCACAACCACCCCUCUACCAACCACCACUCCCAGCCCUUCAACAACCACCACUCCCAGCCCCCCAACAACCACCACAACCACCCCUCCACCAACCACCACUCCCAGCCCUCCAACAACCACCACAACCACCCCUCCCAGCCCUCCACAACCACCACAACCACCCCUCCACCAACCACCACGCCCUCCAACAACCACCACAACCACCACUCCCCCCAACAACCACCACGGCCACCCCUCCACCAACCACCACUCCUAUCCCUCCAACAACCACUCCCAGCCCCCCAACAACCACCACAACCACCCCUCCACCAACCACCACUACCAGCCCUCCAACAACCACCACAACCACCCCUCCACCAACCACCACUCCCACCCCUCCAACAACCACCACAACUACCACUCCCAGCCCUCCAACAACCACCACAACCACGCCUCCACCAACCACCCCUCCCAGCCCUCCAACAACCACCCCACCAUCACCCUCCACCACCACCCCACUCCACCAACCACCACUCCCAGCCCUCCAACAACCACCACAACCCACCACUCCCAGCCCUCCACCAACCACCACAACCACCCCCACCAACCACCCCCCCAGCCCCCAACAACCACCACCUCCCCCUCCACCAACCACCACUCCAACCAGCCCCACCUCCCAGCCCUCCAACAACCACCACAACCACACUCCCAGCCCUACAACAACCACCACCCCUCCAACAACCACCACAACCACCACUCCCAGCCCUCCAACAACCACCACGGCCACCCCUCCACCAAACACCACUCCUAUCCCUCCAACAACCACUCCCAGCCCUCCAACAACCACCACAACCACCACUCCCAGCCCUCCAACAACCACCACGGCCACCCCUCCACCAACCACCACUCCUAUCCCUCCAACAACCACUCCCAGCCCUCCAACAACCACCACAACCACCCCUCCACUAACCACCACUCCCAGCCCUCCAAUAACCACAACCACCCCUUCACCAACUACCACUCCCAGCCCUCCAACAACCACCACUCCCAGCCCUCUACCAACCACCACUCCCAUCCCUCCAACAACUACUACUCUCCCUCCAUCAAAAACUACUUCUGCAUUUUCAACAUUCUCAACGACAACCCCUACUACCCCUACUACCCCAUGCUAUGCAAAAAUGAAGACCAAAAGCCAGGUGGGGUCAUUCCUAUGCCCUUCUGCCUCAACUAUGAGAUGAACGUUCAGUGCUGUAAGUGUAUCACCCAACCCACGACCAUGACAACCACCACCACAGAGACCCCAACCUCAACACCCACCAAAACCAUCACCACCACAGAGACUCCAACUCUGACACCCACCACCACAGAGACUCUGACCCCAACACCCAUCACCACCAGCACUACAGUGACCACAACAACCCCCACCAGCACACAAACCCCAACCCCAAUGUCGACCACCACCACUACAGUGACCCCAACCCCGACACCUACUACAACAGAGAACCCAACAGCGACACCUAUCACCACCAACACUACGGUGACACCAACCCCAACACACACAAGCACACAGACCCCAACCUCGACACCUAUCACUACCACCACUACAGUGACAUCAACCCCCACACCCACCACCACACAGAUCCCAACCCCGACACCCACCAGCACACAGACCCCAACCCCAACACCCAUCACCACCACCACCACGACAGUGACCUCAACCCCAACACCCACCAGCACACAGACCCCAACUCCAACAUCCAUCACCACCACCACUACAGUGACCUCAACCCCAAUAUCCACCAGCACACAGACUCCAACCCCAACACCCAUCACCACCACCAUGACAGUGACCCCAACCCCGACAACCAUCACCACCACCACUUCGGUGACAUCAACCCCAACGCCCACCAGCACACAGACUCCAACCCCAACACCCACCAGCACACAGACCCCAACCACUCCAACAACACCUAUCACCACCACCACUACAGUGACCCCAACCACAACACCCACCACCACCACCACAGAGACCCCAACCCCAACACCCACCACCACCACUACAGUGACCCCAACCCCGGCACCUACAACCACAGAGACCCCAACCCCAACACCUACCAACACAGGGACACCAACCCCAACACCCACUGGCACACAGACCUCAACCCCGACAUCCAUCACCACCACCACUACGGUGACCCCAACCACAACAUCCACCAGCACACAGACUUCAACCCCGACACCCAUCACCACCACCACGACAGUGACCCCAACCCCGACAACCAUCACCACCACCACUUCGGUGACAUCAACCCCAACGCCCACCAGCACGCAGACUCCAACCCCAACACCCACCAGCACACAGACCCCAACCACUCCAACAACACCUAUCACCACCACCACUACAGUGACCCCAACCACAACACCCACCACCACCACCACAGAGACCCCAACCCCAACACCCACCACCACCACUACAGUGACCCCAACCACAACACCCACCACCACCACGACAGUGACCCCAACCCCGACAACCAUCACCACCACUUCGGUGACAUCAACCCCAACGCCCACCAGCACACAGACUCCAACCCCAACAUCCACCAGCACACAGACCCCAACAACUCCAACAACACCUAUCACCACCACCACUACGGUGACCCCAACCACAACACCCGCCACCACCACCACAGAGACCCCAACCACAACACCCACCACCACCACGACAGUGACCCCAACCCCGACAACCACCACCACCACUACAGUGACCCCAACCCCGACACCUACAACCACAGAGACCCCAACCCCAACACCUACCAACACAGGGACACCAACCCCAACACCCAAUGGCACACAGACCUCAACCCCGACAUCCAUCACCACCACCACUACGGUGACCCCAACCACAACAUCCACCGGCACACAGACUUCAACCCCGACACCCAUCACCACCACCACGACAGUGACCCCAACCCCGACAACCAUCACCACCACCACUUUGGUGACAUCAACCCCAACGCCCACCAGCACACAGACUCCAACCCCGACACCCACCAGCACACAGACCCCAACCACUCCAACAACACCUAUCACCACCACCACUACAGUGACUCCAACCACAACACCCACCACCACCACCACAGAGACCCCAACCCCAACACCCACCACCACUACAGUGACCCCAACACCGACACCUACAACCACAGAGACCCCAACCCCAACACCUACCAACACAGGGACACCAACCCCAACACCCACUGGCACACAGACCCCAACCCCGACAUCCAUCACCACCACCACUACAGUGACCCCAACCACAACACCCACCACCACCACGACAGUGACCCCAACCCCGACAACCAUCACCACCACCACUUCGGUGACAUCAACCCCAACGCCCACCAGCACACAGACCCCAACCCCGACACCCACCAGCACACAGACCCCAACCACUCCAACAACACCUAUCACCACCACCACUACAGUGACCCCAACCACAACACCCACCACCACCAUGACAGUGACCCCAACCCCGACAACCAUCACCACCACUUUGGUGACAUCAACCCCAACGCCCACCAGCACACAGACCCCAACCCCGACACCCACCAGCACACAGACCCCAACCACUCCAACAACACCUAUCACCACCACCACUACAGUGACCCCAACCACAACACCCACCACCACCAUGACAGUGACCCCAACCCCGACAACAAUCACCACCACUUCGGUGACAUCAACCCCAACGCCCACCAGCACACAGACUCCAACCCGGACACCCACCAGCACACAGACCCCAACAACUCCAACAACACCUAUCACCACCACCACUACAGUGACCCCAACCACAACACCCACCACCACCACCACAGAGACCCCAACCCCAACACCCACCACCACCACUACAGUGACCCCAACCCCGGCACCUACAACCACAGAGACCCCAACCCCAACACCUACCAACACAGGGACACCAACGCCAACACCCACUGGCACACAGACCUCAACCCCGACAUCCAUCACCACCACCACUACGGUGACCCCAACCACAACAUCCACCAGCACACAGACUUCAACCCCGACACCCAUCACCACCACCAUGACAGUGACCCCAACCCCGACAACCAUCACCACCACUUCGGUGACAUCAACCCCAACGCCCACCAGCACACAGACUCCAACCCCAACACCCACCAGCACACAGACCCCAACCACUCCAACAACACCUAUCACCACCACCACUACAGUGACCCCAACCACAACACCCACCACCACCACCACAGAGACCCCAACCCCAACACCCACCACCACCACUACAGUGACCCCAACCCCGACACCUACAACCACAGAGACCCCAACCCCAACACCUACCAACACAGGGACACCAACCCCAACACCCACUGGCACACAGACCUCAACCCCGACAUCCAUCACCACCACCACUACGGUGACCCCAACCACAACAUCCACCGGCACACAGACUUCAACCCCGACACCCAUCACCACCACCACGACAGUGACCCCAACCCUGACAACCAUCACCACCACCACUUCGGUGACAUCAACCCCAACGCCCACCAGCACACAGACUCCAACCCCAACAUCCACCAGCACACAGACCCCAACAACUCCAACAACACCUAUCACCACCACCACUACAGUGACCCCAACCACAACACCCACCACCACCACCACAGAGACACCAACCCCAACACCCACCACCACCACUACAGUGACCCCAACCCCGGCACCUACAACCACAGAGACCCCAACCCCAACACCUACCAACACAGGGACACCAACCCCAACACCCACCAGCACACAGACCCCAACCCUGACACCCAUCACCACCACCACUAUGGUGACAUCAACCCCAACACCUACCACUACAAGCACGGAGCCCCCCAGCCCCACAAGCACAGCACCCAUUUCUGAGUCAACCACAUCCAAACCCCCACCUGAGUCCUCAACCCCUCAGAUAUCUCAGUCCACCUCUUCCCCUCCCACGGAGUCAACCACCCUUUUGAGUACUGCACCACCUACUAUUGAGACGACCAGCACGGCCCCACCCUCCACACCCACGUCACCUACAGCCACCACGACGGGAGGCCACACACUGUCUCCACCGCCCAGCACCACCACAGCCCCUCCAGGCACCCCCACUCACAGUACCACGAUUGGGUCAUCUUCACCCACCACCCCCAGCACUGUGCAGACGACCACCACCAGCGCCUGGACCUCCACGCCGACCCCAGUCUCCACACUCAGCAUCAUCACGACCACAGGCCCGACGCACAGCCCUGCCUCCAUAGCUCCCUGCUGUGUUCUGAACGACACCUACUACGCACCAGGUGAGGUGGUGUACAAUGGCACACUCGGAAACACCUGCUAUUUCGUGAACUGCUCACUGAGCUGUACCUUGGAGAUCUAUAACUGGUCCUGCCCAUCCACACCCUCCCCAACGCCCACGCCCUCCAAGUCGACGCCCACGUCUUCCAAGCCAUCGCCCACGCCCUCCACGCCAACGUCCAGCACCAAGCUCUACGAUUGCCCAGACUUUGAUCCUCCCAGACAGGUGAACGAGACUUGGUGGCUGUGCGACUGCUUCAUGGCCACGUGCAAGUACAACAACAUGGUGGAGAUCGUGAAGGUGGAGUGUAAGCCGCCGCCCAUGCCCACCUGCUCCAAUGGCCUCACCCCCGUGCGCGUCACGGACCCUGACGGCUGCUGCUGGCAUUGGGAAUGUGACUGCUACUGUACGGGCUGGGGGGACCCGCACUAUGUCACCUUCGACGGACUCUACUACAGCUACCAGGGCAACUGCACCUACGUGCUAGUGGAGGAGAUCAGCCCGUCCGUGGACAACUUCGGAGUUUACAUCGAUAACUACCACUGUGACCCCAACGACAAGGUGUCCUGCCCCCGCACCCUCAUCGUGCGCCACGAAACCCAGGAGGUGCUGAUCAAGACCGUGCACAUGAUGCCCAUUCAGGUUCAGGUGCAGGUGAACAGGCAGGCGGUGGCAGUGCCCUACAAGAAGUACGGGCUGGAGGUGUCCAAGUCUGGCAUCAACUACGUGGUGGACAUCCCCGAGCUGGGCGUCCUCGUCUCCUACAAUGGCCUGUCCUUCUCCGUCAGGCUACCCUACCACCGGUUCGGCAACAACACCAAGGGCCAGUGCGGCACCUGCACCAACACCACCUCGGAUGACUGCAUUCUGCCCAGCGGGGAGAUCAUCUCCAACUGUGAGGCUGCAGCCGACCAGUGGAUAGUGAACGACCCCUCCAAGCCACGCUGCCCCCACAGCAGCUCCACGACCAAGCGCCCGGCUGUCACUGUGCCCGGGGGCAACAAAACGACCCCACACAAAGGCUGCACCCCAUCUCCCCUCUGCCAGCUCAUCAAGGACAGCCUGUUUGCCCAGUGCCACGCGCUGGUGCCCCCACAGCACUACUACGACGCCUGCGUGUUCGACAGCUGCUUCGUGCCAGGCUCGAGCCUGGAGUGCGCCAGUCUGCAGGCCUACGCAGCCCUCUGCGCCCAGCAGGGCGUCUGCCUCGACUGGCGGAACCACACGCAUGGGGCCUGCUUGGUGGAGUGCCCGUCUCACAGGGAGUACCAGGCCUGUGGCCCUGCAGAAGAGCCUACGUGCAAAUCCAGCUCCUCCCAGCAGAACAACACAGUCCUGGUGGAAGGUUGCUUCUGUCCUGAGGGCACCAUGAACUACGCCCCUGGCUUUGAUGUCUGCGUGAAGACCUGCGGCUGUGUGGGACCUGACAAUGUGCCCAGAGAGUUUGGGGAGCACUUUGAGUUCGACUGCAAGAACUGUGUCUGCCUGGAAGGUGGAAGUGGCAUUGUCUGCCAGCCCAAGAGGUGCAGCCAGAAGCCUAUUACCCACUGUGUGGAAGAUGGCACCUACCUCGCCACAGAGGUCAACCCUGCUGACACCUGCUGCAACAUUACUGUCUGCAAGUGCAACACUAGCCUGUGCAAAGAGAAGCCUCCCGUGUGCCCGCUGGGAUUUGAAGCAAAGAGCAAGAUGGUGCCUGGCAGGUGCUGCCCCUUCUACUGGUGUGAGUCCAAGGGGGUGUGCGUUCACGAGAAUGCUGAGUACCAGCCCGGUUCUCCAGUUUAUUCCUCCAAGUGCCAGGACUGCGUGUGCACGGACAAGGUGGACAACAGCACCCUGCUCAACACCAUCGCCUGCACCCAUGUGCCCUGCAACACCUCCUGCAGCCCGGGCUUUGAACUCGUGGAGGCCCCCGGGGAAUGCUGCAAGAAGUGUGAACAGACGCACUGUAUCCUCAAGCAGCCUGACAACCAGCACGUCAUCCUGAAGCCUGGGGACUUCAAGAGCGACCCCAGGAACAACUGCACGUUCUUCAGCUGCAUGAAGAUCAACAACCAGCUCGUCUCGUCCAUCUCCAACAUCACCUGCCCAGACUUUGAUGCCAGCAUUUGUGUCCCGGACUCCAUCACAUUCAUGCCCAAUGGAUGCUGCAAGACCUGCAUCCCUCGCAAUGAGACCAGGGUGCCCUGCUCCACCGUCCCCGUCAUCACGGAGGUUUCGUACGCCGGCUGCACCAAGAGCGUCUUCAUGAAUCAUUGCUCCGGGUCCUGCGGGACAUUUGCCAUGUACUCAGCCAGGGCCCAGGUCCUGGACCACAGGUGCUCCUGCUGCAGAGAGGAGAAAACCAGCCAGCGUGAGGUGGUCCUGAGCUGCCCCAAUGGUGGCUCGCUGACACACACCUACACGCACAUCGAGAGCUGCCAGUGCCAGGACACCAUCUGCGAGUUGCCCACCGAUACCUCCCGACGGGCCCGGCGCUCCCCCAGGCAUCUGGGGAGUGGGUGAACUGGGUGGGCACAGCCACCCUUCACUGCCCUCCACAGCUCUGCCUCCCCCGGACCCUUUGAGCUUCCUGGCCUCCUAAGCUUGGCUUCCUCUCUUCAGAUAUUUAUUGUCUGAGUCUUUGUUCAGUCUUUGCUUUCCAAUAAUAAACUCAGGCAGAC